AGCACAUCAUCAACUUCUGAAAGGUGAGGAAAACAGGGUUGAUUUCUUCUCCAGUUCAUCGGCCGCAGAGGCUCCCAGGACGGCCGACCCAAUGGAGAAAUCCAAAAACUUUCGCAUCGACGCGCUUCUGGCAGUCGAUACGCCAAAGGCGCAGACUUCGCCGCUGGCACUUGUGACUUCCCUGUCCUCUUCCUCCGCAUCUUCCUCCUCCAUCCCGUCGUCUGGGAGCGGAGCUGCCCCGGACCUCACAGCGGCCGCCGAAUCGUUACGCGCAGAGACGCCGCCGUCUCCGCCGAGGAUUUCCACCUGCGGGCUGAUUCCCAAACCGGGGUUUCUGAACAGCGCGCACGGCAUGAUGGGACUACACCCGCAGAGCAGCGCGGGGAUCCCGGCUCAGGCUCUCUACGGCCAUCCCAUGUACACAUACUCCGCCGCUGCGCUCACGGGCCAACACCCCGCACUGUCCUACUCCUAUCCGCACGGCUCGCAUCACCACCACACCAGCGACCCCAUUAAACUGACAGCCAGCACCUUCCAGCUGGAUCACUGGCUGCGAGUGUCCACAGCUGGGAUGAUGCUGCCAAAGAUGUCCGAUUUUAAUGCUCAGACGCAGUCAAACCUGCUCGGAAAGUGCAGAAGGCCCAGGACAGCGUUCACCAGUCAGCAGCUGCUGGAGCUGGAGCAUCAGUUCAAACUGAACAAGUAUCUGUCGCGACCGAAGCGCUUCGAGGUGGCCACGUCGCUCAUGCUCACCGAAACUCAGGUGAAAAUCUGGUUCCAGAACAGACGCAUGAAAUGGAAGAGGAGCAAAAAGGCCAAAGAGCAGGCCGCCCAGGAGGCCGAGAAGCAGAAAGGCACCAACAAGAGCGGCCAGGAGAAAUCAGACGGACUUGAACAGUCAGAUUAUCACAGCAAGACGGACUCAAAAAACGGCAGAAUAAGAGACUUCAGAGACAGCGACGACGACGAAGGCGACAGUUUCUUGUACAACUCGUCGGACUGCUCUUCGGACGAGGAGCGCAAUCACAACAGCGACGCCAGUCCGCAGCCUUAACUGAGCUGACCUUCAGCUGACUGACUCUGGGACGUUUCACUGUAAAAAAGAAAAAUAAUGCAGCUGCAUGUAAUCCAAGAAUUUUCCUGUACGAAAUUCGCAAAAAUGACGCUGAUGUUGAAAAAAGAAGCAACAAAUCAGAAGACCUGCAUUUUAUUUAGGCUAUGCUCAUUGCGCACCCAUAGAUACUCCAUGAAGCCUAGAAUGGGUCAGAAUUGGCGAAAUUCUGCGGUUUGCUUUGGUUUAUCCGGGUAAAGAGGCCAUAAAACAAAAUUAUUCACAGCAAUAUGACAAAUUAAACGGAAAAUUAUUUUUCUAUAAUGUAUUUAUACAAUAAAUUGCUCAUAGAAAAAAAAUGCAUGCUAAAAAUAAUUGUUUGACCUUUAUCUUCCUGCAAAUAAUGUAAAAUAGAAUGUUCUUUUUAGCUUAAAAUUAAAAUCAGGUAAUGUUUCGGCGUAUUCCUUUCCCCCCCUUCUUUUCGGAAACACAGAGGCUCAUUCAUGAUUUACAGGGAGUGUUUGAGUCCUGUGUUCCCUCUCUUUGCUCUGACAGCUCGGGUCAUGGGAAUCACUGUUAAUAGCGCUGUCGGAUCUGUGCAAACGGGCAGUGAGAGCAAACAGCGAGCAGGCAGUCAGACAGAGGAAACAUUUCACACCACACCGACAAUAGGCUCGUAUUAAUACACCCUUUAAAAAGCAGGAAAACAUGCUGCUGGAUAGUUUCAUGCAGACUGAGAUUUUAAGGUAAGAUCUGUAGUUAUAAUCUGUGAUAUCGGCUUAAAACUUAGUUUGUAAAUGUAAGAAAUUAAAAAACAAACACCCCCCCCCCUCCCAAAAAAAAACAUAUGCGUUUCCAAUUUAAAGAUAUUAGCGGGUGGAAAGAGAUAUUUUUGCUUGUGUGCAUUUGGGUCGAUGACAUCACAAGAGGCAUAAGAAUCGCUGAUCAGGCAAUAUUAAGAAUAUUUAUGGCACAGGAGUUACUAUUAUUAAGUAGUAAAGGGUUUAACUUUACAUGUUAGUGCUAGACUUUGACUCUUGUGACAACAAAGUAAUGGUGGAGAACACCCUGAGCAGAAAAGCUGACGCUACUGUUGGGUACAGGAAAUAAGUAAACACGUCUGAACCUGGAAUUUCCGCAUGAAUGUGAUUAUAAUAGCAGAAAAAGGCAGAAAAGCACCAGAGGAAUCAAUGACACUUGUGGUCAGUUACCCUUUGUGAUGUCACCAGAGGUAUGAAGGACUGUUUUUGGAAGUGUGCAUUUUAGCUUCAUUUAAUGGUGAUUUACAACUAAACAAAAUAAAUGAACUGACCAUGAUGUUGCUUCAUAGAUAAUAAAUUAUCCCUAAAGAUUGUUUGGUUGAUUUCACAAAAAAAAAAAAAAAAAAUCUAGCAGGUAGGUUCAAAAUAUGAGUCUUUUACUUUAGUAAUGUUAUUGUCUGAAAGCGUUCGUUUUAGACUUUUGUCAACUUUUAAUACGACUUUACAGUGAACUCCUGAUAUGUUGGUGCAAUGCAGCAGACUGAAAAGAUUUUGUGUUCCUGCAGUGAUCACUGUUAAUCGACAGCACCGGAGAGAUCUUUGCACCAUUUAUACCAGGUUUACCGAGUAAUCUGUUGAGCUGUUUGCUUUAGCAGGCUAACUUAAAGUUCAGCUUAGGGUCAGCAGGCAAAAAUCAAGCUGUAGUGGACUUACAGAUCUGUUUAUAAUAGUGCUGCUCUAAAACACUGUUUUUCUCAAAAAAUAAUUGCACUAAAAAUUGAUGCAUACACUACUAUAUUCAUUCCCCCUAAACUUGAAUUUUGUCACAGUACAACUUUGAUGUAUUUUAUUCGUUGAUAUAAAGUUGAGGAUGACUGUGAAGAAGAAGGAUAAAACAUUUUUAAAUUAUAUAAAUAUGUUUGUGCUUCAAAUUUUCUGCAGGAUUUCUUGCAGGAUUUAACUGUAUUUUCCAUUAACAUGGACCAGCUUUGACUUCAAUGCUGAAAAACACCCAUCCCCACAACAUGAUGGUGCCACC